AAACUUUCGGUCGAAAAUAUCGAAAGAGCCCGCGAGCCAACGCGCGAUCUUAAACCGGUCGCCAUUGAACGAGCUGCGCAGGGUCGACACGUUUCCGACACCCCGGCACAUAAAGAAACACCACGGGAUCUUCGUGUCUACCGUUGCUCAGAAUGGUGGUGGUCAAUUACCUGCUCUUCGAGAGCGCCGUCGGCUUCUCGCUCUUUGAGGUGGUGCACCAGGCCGAUACUGUCGGCCUGGAGCUUCCCGAGGUCAAAGAUGCAAUGAAAAGCCUUGAUAAGUUCGGCAAGAUGGUCAAGUUGCGCAGCUUCAACCCAUGGACCUCUGCCGCUCACGGUUUGGAAGCGAUCAAUCUCAUUUCGGAAGGCAUCAUGCCCGAUCACCUCAAGAACACUCUGGAAUUGAACCUGCCACAGACCAGCGGGAAGAAGAGCAAGAUUGUGCUGGGGGUCGUCGACAAGCGGUUAGCGGGCGAGAUCAGUGCGGCCUUCCCCGGUGUCCAGUGCGAGGCUGCAGACACCUCCGAGGUUGUUGCUGCUCUCCUGCGUGGCAUCCGGCUCCACGCCAACAAGCUUCUGAAGGGCCUGCAGGAGGGUGAUAUCGGUCGCGCCCAGCUUGGUCUCGGCCACGCCUACUCUCGCGCCAAGGUCAAGUUCAGCGUUCACAAGAACGAUAACCACAUUAUCCAGGGCAUCGCGACUCUUGACGCGCUCGACAAGGGUAUUAACCAAGGUGCCAUGCGUGUGAGGGAGUGGUAUGGCUGGCAUUUCCCCGAGCUCAUCCGCAUCGUGUCCGACAACGCCACCUACGCCAAGCUGGUUCUCGCCAUUGGUGACAAGCGGAACCUCACUGACGAGAGCGUCGACGACCUCGCCAAUGUUCUCAACCAAGACCAAGACAAGGCCGAGGCCAUCGUUCAGGCUGCCAAGAUUUCGAUGGGCCAAGAUAUUAGCGAGACUGAUCUUCAGAUGGUCAAGGACCUCGCCUUGAACGUCUCCAAGAUGGCGGACUACAGGCGUGUCCUCGCGGAGUCGCUCGACAAGAAGAUGGGCGAUGUUGCCCCUAACCUCCAGGUCAUCCUCGGCACUCCCGUCGCCGCUCGCCUUAUUUCUCAUGCUGGCUCUUUGACCAAUCUUGCCAAGUAUCCCGCGUCGACUCUUCAGAUCCUCGGUGCCGAGAAGGCCCUCUUCCGCGCGCUCAAGACCAAGGGUGCCACACCUAAGUACGGUCUGCUGUAUCAGAGCUCAUUUAUCGGCCGGGCCGGCCCCAAAGUCAAGGGCCGUAUCUCGCGCUAUCUGGCCAACAAGUGCUCCAUUGCUAGCCGUAUCGACAAUUUCUCCGAGAAGCCGACGCGGCGCUUCGGAGAGGUCAUGCGCGAGCAGCUGGAACAGAGGCUUGAGUGGUACGCCAAGGGCACGCAACCGAUGAAGAACAUCGACGCCAUGAACAAGGCCAUCAAGGCGGUCAUGGCGGACGGGGACGAAAUGGACGUUGAUGACGAGAAGGUCGACCACCCACCCGCCAAGGAGAAAAAGGAGAAGAAGGAGAAGAAGGACAAGGAGGAGAAGAAGGACAAGGAGGGCAAGAAAGAGAAGAAGGAUAAGAAGCGGAAGAGCGUCGGUGGCGAGGAUGUUGAGAUGGCCGAUGUCAAUGGCGAUGGCGAAAAGAAGAAGAAGAAGAAGAGAAAGUCGGCGGCCGCCGAAUAGCCGGCUGUGUCUAUCAUGUUGGCUGGGUCCCUUUCUUUCUCUCUUGGUUCGGUCUUCGCUCUGGCUUUCUUGGAGUUCUUGUGUGGGGUUUGGGGUCGGGCAACGGAGUUCUUUUUUUUGGGUCUUGUGUGUCUAGACACCGUAUUCUGCAAUGGGAUGUAUCAUACCAUGGCGUGGAAUGGAAACAAAGUCAAGUCUGCCUGCUUGGGU